AUGACGAAGCCAGUCCGGGCUGUACACUUCUCCAAUGACAUUAUCUUCCAGGACCUUGUCCGACAUGGUGAGAUGGAGCAGAUUGGACGCUUUAUGAGAGCGAAGAAAGUAAGUCUGCAUACCCUCUUCCCAUCUGGUAUGGCAGCACUCCAUGAGGCCGUACUCACAGGGAACCUGGAUUGCGUGAAGCUGCUGGUGAAAUAUGGAGCUGAUGUCCACCAGAGAGAUGAGGACGGCUGGACGCCGCUGCACAUGGCCUGCAGUGAUGGCUUCCCCGAAAUCGCCAGCUACCUGCUCUCUCUUGGUGCCAGUGCAUUUGCAGAGAACGAGAACGGGGAGAAGCCAGCAGACCUCAUUGACCCAGACUGUAAGGAGCUGGUCAAUCUAUUUGAGGCAGGCUGUGUGUAA